GUAGACCAGUCUGGGAGCAGUUGCAGCAACAAUAGGUUCCCUGGCCAUGUAGUGAUGGUAGAUGCUGUCAGGAGCGGCGGCCAUUUUCCCCUGGUCUGAGCUCCGCCUUCCUUCUAUCAUUCCCACAAGGCAGCAGAAGCAGAGAGCAGCUAUUGCUGUGUCUGGCAGCAGGAUUACACAGUAGUGGAGAAGACAUCUGGUGAGUGUGAGACACCCAGCAGCCAUUCCCGUGUGUCAGGAGGACUAAGCAGGUUCCAGAGCCCCAUCACGGUUCCUCCACCUCACUCACUGAUACAUGAGAGAGACAAGGACCAGAAGAUCCUGGAACUCACCAACAAAGAGGUUCCUAUAAGGUGUCAGGAUGUCACUGUCUACAUCUCCAUGCAGGAGGGGGAGUAUAUAGAGGAACACAGGGGUCUGUGCAAGGACAUGAUGAUGGAGAAUCACCGGCCCCUCACAUCACUGGAUGGGCCCAGUAACAGAGAUACCCCAGAGAGAUGUCCCCGUCCUCUGUAUUCCCAGGAUUGUACAGAGGAGAAUCACAGGAUUCCACAGGAGCAUCAGGGUGAAGGUCUGACUGAUAUCAAGGUAGAAGAUACAGAGGGAGAAGAGACGUAUGUGACUGAUAUGAAGGCAGAAGAUACAGAGGGAGAAGAAGAGACGUAUGUGACUGAUAUGAAGGCAGAAGAUAUAGAGGGAGAAGAGACGUAUGUGACUGAUAUGAAGACAGAAGAUAUAGAGGGAGAAGAGACGUAUAUGACUGUUAUGAAGGCAGAAGAUAUAGAGGGAGAAGAAGAGAUGUAUGUGACUGAUAUAGAGGGAGAAGAGACGUGUAUGACUGAUAUGAAGGCAGAAGAAAUAGAGGGAGAAGAGGAGACGUAUGUGACUGAUAUGAAGGCAGAAGAUAUAGAGGGAGAAGAAGAGACGUAUGUGACUGAUAUGAAGGCAGAAGAUACAGAGGGAGAAGAGACGUAUGUGACUGAUAUGAAGACAGAAGAUACAGAGGGAGAAGAAGAGACGUAUGUGACUGAUAUGAAGGCAGAAGAUAUAGAGGGAGAAGAAGAGACGUAUGUGACUGAUAUGAAGGCAGAAGAUAUAGAGGGAGAAGAGACGUAUGUGACUGAUAUGAAGACAGAAGAUAUAGAGGGAGAAGAGACGUAUAUGACUGUUAUGAAGACAGAAGAUAUAGAGGGAGAAGAGGAGACGUAUGUGACUGAUAUGAAGGCAAAAGAUAUAGAGGGAGAAGAAGAGACGUGUGUGACUGGUAUGAAGGCAGAAGAUACAGAGGGAGAGGAAAAGACGGAUGUGACUGAUAUAAAGACAGAAGAUAUAGAGGGAGAAGAAGAGACGUAUGUGAGAGAUGAUCAGCAGUGUAAGGAGGAGGAAAUCCCUACAGAUAUCAGCACAGCAGAUGGAUGUAACAGCAGGAAUAAAUCAAAGGAAAAUGUAAUCUUAUCUCCAGUUUGUGAAAUAGAAGAUGAUGACAUCAAACAAGAUUCUCUGGAAAAAAUCCUCAGUAUCCCAAUUAUACAUCCAGUACCCCACAGUGCAGAUGUAUCAUCUGAUCCUACUUCUAAUGAGGAACGUUCUCCUGGUACAUCAAGUACAGCUCUUAGAGUAGAUCAAAUAUGUCCCUCUUUUAUAGAUGCCAAAUGCUCUACAGAGAACACAAAGCUUUUUACCCAUCAGCCAGCUAAGGCAGGUGAGAGUUUGUUUCCAUGCUCUGAGUGUGGGAAAUGUUUUUCAAAGAAAUCAUCUCUCGUUAGACAUAAGAGAGUUCAAACAGGUGAGAAGCCAUUUGCAUGUUUUGACUGUGGGAAAUGUUUUACAUGGAAAUCAUCGCUUGUUGACCAUCAGAAACAUCACACAGGUGAGAAGCCAUUUCCAUGUUCUGAGUGUGGAAAAGGUUUUACACGGAAAUCACAGCUUGUUAUACAUCAGAGAAGUCACACAGGUGAGAAGCCAUUUCCAUGUUCUGAGUGUGGAAAAUGUUUUACACUGAAAUCACAGCUUGUUAUACAUCAGAGAAGUCACACAGAUGAGAAGCUAUUUCCAUGUUCUGAGUGUGGAAAAGGUUUUACACGGAAAUCACAGCUUGUUAUACAUCAGAGAAGUCACACAGGUGAGAAGCCAUUUCCAUGUUCUGAGUGUGGAAAAUGUUUUACACUGAAAUCACAGCUUGUUAUACAUCAGAGAAGUCACACAGGUGAGAAGCUAUUUCCAUGUUCUGAGUGUGGAAAAUGUUUUACACUGAAAUCAAAGCUUGUUAUACAUCAGAGAAGUCACACAGGUGAGAGACCAUUUCCAUGUUCUGAGUGUGGGAAAUGUUUUAAAAAUAAAUCAAUUCUUGUUAGACAUCAGAGAAGUCACACAGGUGAGAGGCCAUUUCCAUGUUCUGAGUGUGAGAAAAGUUUUACACGGAAAGAACUUCUUCUAGAACAUUGGAGAAGUCACACAGGUGAGAGGCCAUUUCCAUGUUUUGACUGUGGGAAAUGUUUUACACAGAAAAGACAUCUUGCUAUACAUCAGAGAAGUCACACAGGUGAGAAGCCAUUUCCGUGUUCUGAGUGUGGGAAAUGUUUUACACAGAAAGGACAUGUUGCUAUACAUCAGAGAAGUCACACAGGUGAGAAGCCAUUCCCAUGCUCUGAGUGUGGGAAAUGUUUUACAGCUAAAUCAGCUCUUGUUAGACAUCAGAGAAGUCACACAGAUUAUAUUAAAACAUUCACACGUAUAACAGAAGCAAAUAUGAUGGCCAAUAUUGAUGUGAGACCACAGUAUUUUAACUUAUCUGUUGAACAGAGAAGUGCAUUGAAAUCUCUCAAGGAUAGCAAGAACAUCGUUAUACGCCCCGCGGAUAAAGGCGAGGCGGUGUUAUCCAGGAUUGGGGCCAAUAUGACCGAGAUUAGACGCCAGUUGGCGGACAAGCUCACAUAUGUCAAAUUGAAAGCCAACCCGACCCCGGUAUACAAAAUAAUUAUCGAUGAGGUCAUUGAACUAGGCCUCCAGGCGGCAUGGAUUGAGGAUUCGGUAGCAGAGUUUCUCAAGGUUGAAAACCCGAUUGUACCAAUACUUUACACAUUGCCGAAGGUCCAUAAACAAAUGCCCAGUAACAGAGAUACCCCAGAGAGAUGUCCCCGUCCUCUGUAUUCCCAGGAUUGUACAGAGGAGAAUCACAGGAUCCCACAGGAGGAUCAGGGUGAAGGUCUGACUGAUAUCAAGGUAGAAGAUACAGAGGGAGAAGAGACGUAUGUGACUGAUAUGAAGGCAGAAGAUACAGAGGAAGAAGAAGAGACGUAUGUGACUGAUAUGAAGGCAGAAGAUACAGAGGGAGAAGAAGAGACGUAUGUGACUGAUAUGAAGGCAGAAUAUAUAGAGGGAGAAGAAGAGACGUAUGUGACUGAUAUGAAGGCAGAAGAUACAGAGGGAGAAGAAGAGACAUAUGUGACUGAUAUGAAGGCAGAAGAUAUAGAGGGAGAAGAAGAGACGUAUGUGACUGAUAUGAAGGCAGAAGAUAUAGAGGGAGAAGAGACGUAUGUGACUGAUAUGAAGACAGAAGAUAUAGAGGGAGAAGAGACGUAUAUGACUGUUAUGAAGGCAGAUGAUAUAGAGGGAGAAGAAGAGACGUAUGUGACUGAUAUAGAGGGAGAAGAGACGUAUGUGACUGAUAUGAAGACAGAAGAUAUAGAGGGAGAAGAGACGUAUAUGACUGUUACGAAGGCAGAAGAUAUAGAGGGAGAAGAGGAGACGUAUGUGACUGAUAUGAAGGCAGAAGAUAUAGAGGGAGAAGAAGAGACGUAUGUGACUGAUAUAAAGGGAGAAGAAGAGACGUAUGCAAGGGGUGAUCAGCAGUGUAAGGAGGAGGAAAUCCCUACAGAUAUCAGCACAGCAGAUGGAUGUAACAGCAGGAAUAUCUCAAAGGGAAAUCUAAUCUUAUCUCCAGUUUGUGAAAUAGAAGAUGAUGACCUCAAACAAGAUUCUCUGGAAAAAAUCCUCAAUAUCCCAAUUAUACAUCCAGUACCCCACAGUGCAGAUGUAUCAUCUGAUCCUACUUCUAAUGAGGAACGUUCUCCUGGUACAUCAAGUACAGCUCUUACAGUAGAUAAAAUAUUUCCCUCUAUUAUAGAUGCCAAAUGCUCUACAGAGAACACAAAGCUUAUUACCCAGCAGCCAGCUAAGGCAGGCGAGAGUUCAUUUCCAUGCACUGAGUGUGGGAAAUGUUUUUCAAAGAAAUCAUCUCUCAUUAGACAUAAGAGAGUUCAAACAGGUGAGAAGCCAUUUGUAUGUUUUGACUGUGGGAAAUGUUUUACAUGGAAAUCAUCGCUUGUUGAACAUCAGAAACAUCACACUGGUGAGAAGCCAUUUCCAUGUUCUGAGUGUGGAAAAGGUUUUACACGGAAAUCACAGCUUGUUAUACAUCAGAGAAGUCACACAGGUGAGAUGCCAUUUCCAUGUUCUGAGUGUGGAAAAUGUUUUACACGGAAAUCGUAUCUUGUUAUACAUCAGAGAAGUCACACAGGUGAGAUGCCAUUUCCAUGUUCUGAGUGUGGAAAAUGUUUUGUACGGAAAUUGCAUCUUGUUAUACAUCAGAGAAGUCACACAGGUGAGAGACCAUUUCCAUGUUCUGAGUGUGGGAAAUGUUUUACACAGAAAAAUGAUCUUGUUACACAUGAGAAAAGUCACACAGACGAGAAGCCAUUUCCAUGCUCUGAGUGUAAGAAAUGUUUUAAAAAGAAAUCAAAUCUUGUUAGACAUCAGAGAAGUCACACAGGCGAGAGACCAUUUCCAUGUUCUGAGUGUGAAAAAAGUUUCACACAGAAAGAACUUCUUCUAACACAUCAGAGAAGUCACACAGGUGAGAGACCAUUUCCAUGUUCUGAGUGUGGGAAAUGUUUUACACAGAAAAGACAUCUUGCUAUACAUCAGAGAAGUCACACAGGCGAGCGACCAUUUCCAUGUUCUGAGUGUGGGAAAUGUUUUACACGGAAAGUACAUCUUGUUACACAUCAGAGAAGUCACACAGGUGAGAAGCCAUUUCCAUGCUCUGAGUGUGGGAAAUGUUUUACAGCUGAAACAUCUCUUGUUAGACAUCAGAGAAGUCACACAGAUUAGCUAUUGUCAUGUUCUGAUUCUUAGAAAUGUCAGAAAUGAGAUGGUUCACAAAUCCUUCCUUACACUGGAGAAAUAUGUUUACAAGUGCAAUUUAUUUCUUGAAAAACCUAAUUAAAAAUAGUAUUUUUCCUGA